AUCAUUUGUUGUUGCUAAGGAUAAAACAAAAGAAACUUAAUAAAAAAUGAUUGAUUGUCAGAUAUUUUUUGUUAAAUUGCUGUUUGCGUAAAAUUAUUAAAAACUUAAUUUCAACAAUUUUUGCUUUCUCCGACAACAUUAUCUCUACUAAGAUCUUACUGUUGCCGUCUUCAAACUUUUCUUCGAAAACAUAUAUGAGUUCCACAAAAUGGAAAUAAUAAUAAUAGUAUUAUCGAAUAUUUAACUACAAUUUGAUAUUAGUAGAUCAUAUUUUUCUACUAGAAAAAUUGUAAAAACUAUGCUUUUUUUGUUUUAGUGAGAACUUUUUUUCAAAAAACGAAAUAUCAAUAUCGUGAAGUCUGUUGUCUGAUGUAUAAACACAAUUGCAAAUAUUUUGUUUAGAACGAGAAAAUCUUCAGGAGUGUAAACUUUUUUGAAUAUCUCUAAUCAAAAAAGUCUUUGUGGAUGAGUGCGCUACCUGUAGACACACUCAAUUGAAUAUCAAAAACUUGAGACAACUUUCGAGAGAACAUCUUCAGAUGUUCUCUUUUGAUUUUAUCUAUAGAUACAGCAUUGUGUUCGAAUCAUUUUUAUGGAAUUUAAUGUAGUUAAAUUCUCAAUAUAUGUAAAGUCUCAGAUCUAAAUUCGAUAGCUUAGUCAAAUCUCAAUAGAAAUCCAAAUCGUUUUAGGAUUCUUAUUAGAACAAUAGAUAAUAUCUAUAAGCAAAAAAAAAAUUACUGAAAUCGAAAGUAGACAUUUGAAAAUAUUCUCUCAUUAAUAGAUUAUUCCCUUGUAUCAUAUAUCCAAUCCUAUACAUGGAUUAAAUUAAGUGUUUUGAUGAUAACAAAAAGAAUAUAAUUGCUCUAUAUUUAGGUUCAUACAUUACCAAUUAAUCGAUCAUUAACUCCAUAUCGUUAUUUUCUUUCUCAAAAUGAUCCACUUAAUGUAUCUCUAUGUGAUAUAUCAGCAACAGAUAAAGGUUUUAAUAUUAUUCUUGGUGAACGUAUACAAGGUGCACUUGUUCAUUUUUUUGUUGUUCAUUAUGAAACCUUAGAACCUAAAUUAUCUUAUAUAUCAUGUCGACGUCGUGGUUUUCGUAUACCAUCAUGUUAUGGUACACUUGAAUCAUUAGUUUAUUUUCAACGUAAUGGAAAUGAUUGUAUUCUUACACAAAUGACAACAUUAAGUGGGGAUUUAAUUGAUCUUUAUGAAUAUAAUCUUGAACAAGAAGAAUGGAUAUCAAUAACAUUACUUAAUUCACCACAAGCACAUAUUACAUCAAUAGCAUUAUCACCAAGUCAAUUAUUAAUUAAAGAUAAUGAUUUUCAAGGACAUUUAGGUCGACAAAUACUUAUUGCAUUAACUGAUGGAUCAAUAAUUACUUAUGAUAAAUUAAAUUUAAAAUGUAAAGAACAAUGUUUUCCAAUGAAUAAUGUUGAUUUAUUUACACAAUCUAAUGUUAAUAGAUCAGAAUAUUUAGUUCGAAUUCAACAUACAUAUUCAGGUAUAUGCCCUAAAGAAAGUCACUUAGUUUUGAAAUAA